UUCAGUAUUUUUCGAACCAUCCACGCGAUUGUUGGUGAAAAUGUGGAUCUUCCUACUGUUGUCCAUUGCCGUGCUACUUAUUCUCCAAGUCCGACGAAAAUAUUCCUAUUGGAAACGUCAUGGCGUCCCGUUCAUUCAACCACGUUUUCCCUUUGGAAGCAUCACACCCGUUGGAGAUCGAGUCCAUUCUUCGCAGCUGAUGGCUCGCUUUUAUAAUCAACUGAAGGGCACUUAUCCCUUCGCCGGAAUGUACUUCUUCACCAACCCAGUUGUGCUAGCUCUAGAUCUUGACUUCAUCAAAAACGUUCUUGUUCGAGAUUUCCAAUACUUUCACGAUCGAGGACUGUAUCACAAUGAGAAAGAUGAUCCUUUAACAUGCCAUCUGUUCAACAUUGAGGGAACUAAGUGGACCAACCUACGUCGAAAGUUGCUUCCGACUUUUUCAUCAGGAAAGAUGAAGAUGAUGUGUCCAACGAUCCUCGCAAUAGCCGAUCGGUUUCGAACAGCCAUCGAAAAUAGUAUCUCCGAUCAAAAUGAAAUUGAAAUGCGAGAUUUUCUUGCUCGAUUUACCACGGAUGUCAUAGGAACGUGUGCUUUCGGGAUUGACUGCAAUAGUUUAGAGAACCCUGAUGCUGAAUUCCUUAAAAUGGGCAACAAGAUAUUCGAGGUGCCGACAAGUCGAAUAAUUGCUUACUUCUUUGUUUCAACAUUCCAGGAACUAUCCAAAAAGUUACACAUCAAAGCAGUUCCUGAAGAUGUGUCACGCUUUUUCUACAAGGUUGUUCGAGAAACUAUGGCCUACCGUCAAUCCAGUGGUGUACAGAGAAACGAUUUUAUGAACCUAUUGAUGCAGUUGAAAGAAAAGGGCGAGCUGGAAGGUUCGGAUGAGAAGUUGGGCACACUGACUCUAGAUGAAGUCGUUGCUCAAGCGUAUGUGUUCUUCCUGGGAGGAUACGAAACUUCGAGCACCAACAUGUGCUUUUGUCUGUAUGAGUUGGCAUUGAAUGGAGAGAUUCAGGAAAAAGCUAGGGAAUGCGUUCAGAAGGCAGUGGCAAAACAUGGUGGAUUGAACUACGAAGCCCUGAUGGAUAUGCCUUAUUUGGAGCAGUGCAUUUAUGAGGCCCUUAGGAAAUACCCACCAAUCGCAAACCUCUUCCGAAGCGUCACCCAAGACUACAAUGUCCCGAACUCGAACGUCAUGCUCCCGAAAGGAAUGAAUGUUUGGAUCCCGAUUUAUGCCAUCCAUCACGAUCCGGAAUUCUUUCCGGAACCGGAACUCUUCGAUCCAGAGCGCUUCACCCAGGAAGAGUGCGAAAAGAGAAAACCAUUCACUUACAUGCCAUUUGGAGAGGGACCUCGAACUUGCAUCGCAACACGAUUCGGAAUGAUGGAAACAAAAACCGGUCUGGCAACGCUGCUGAUGAAUUUCAAAUUUACGAAAUCUGCACGACUGGAAGUCCCGCCAAAGUUUUCCACUAAGCACGUUAUGUUGACUCCGGUGGGGGGACUGUGGGUGAAGGUGGAGAAGAUUGAGCAGUGAAUAGGUUGGAUAAUAAAAACGAUAAUCUAUGCAUAUGACCUAGGCGAUGCGUCUACGAA